UACUCUCUGUCAUACAUGUACUUCAGCCCUAUUGGAACCAUAGUGGCAAUUAGUGUGGGACUGAUAGUCAGCCUGUUCACAGGAGGCUGGGGUCAGAAGGUGGAAUCAAGACUUACAUUAAUGAAAGAGGACACAACUCUUUAUCACCUGAUCAGGUGUAUCAAAGACAGACUCAUGAGACGUACAGGACGACUUGACCUCACCACGGAUUGCGACAAAAAACUUGGCAACACAAAUCCUGCUUUCUGUGAUGUUGAGCUGGACACGACAAAAAGCCGCCCUCCCUCAUGAGAUGAACAUUUUAUUAGCGAUGUUAUUCUAGAUUGCAUCAAGUCUUGUUUUUCUAAUUAAAGAAAUUUCAAUCAAUGAGUUCAAAAA